AUGUCGGCUACGACGACCACCGCUCUGGCGUCUACCAUGCUGGUCGGUACCCUGCCCACUAUGACACACGCCGGAAUGAUGCCAGGCAAGACUUCUUGCCCGACCUGUGGGUAUGACCGAUUCUCUUCGGAAAGCCAACCAAUUGAUCAAGCACAACAUCGCGUGAAAGAGUUAGAAGGGCAACUUGAGUUUCUCAACGUCCAGGCGACACAGAUGGCCGAGAGAAUGGCCGAAUAUGAAGAAGAAAUCCGUCGCCUCCGCGCUCAAUCCACCGCACAGAGUUCGCGAAAUGGCUCCUCUAUAUCGUCCACCUCGUCGAACCAAUUCAACCGAAUAACAGACCUGUCGAUGUCGCCUCCCUCGUCGCAGACCUCUCCGAAGUCACAUGGCCAAGAUAGCGGGCGCUUAUCCACGCUGACCUCCCUGCUGCCCUCCCGCCGACCCGGCGCCCCGAGCGCAAUCCAGCCCCAGCCCAUAAUCUCUCCACCGCCGAUCGCCAGCUACGAGGAAACGUUGGAACUACAGAACGCGCUCAACCGGGAACAGAGCCUGCGCAAGGCCGCCGAAACACAAUUGUCGCAAGCCAGCACUGAGUUGGAGGAAUUGACGGCGCAACUAUUCAGCCAGGCGAAUGAGAUGGUCGCGCAGGAGCGCAAGGCAAGAGCGAGACUCGAGGAGCGGGUGGCGGUACUGGAGCGCCGGGAUGUCGAGAAGAGGACCCGUCUUGAGCGCCUAGAAAAAGCGAUGGAAAGAGUCGAACGGAUCCGAGCUAUGGUUGGCUAG